UGGAGCACAAUGCAUCUAGCAGUUGGCUAAAGAACACAAGUUGGAAAGCAUCUAACCUUUCUAUAUCCAGGGCAGCACAAUAGUAGUUGGCUAGGUAUAAUCAAUCUGAAAGAAAAAUACAAGUUGGAAAGCAUCUAACCAUUCUAUAUCCAGGGCAGCACUGUCGUCUUGACGUUUACCUCAGAGGUGAAAGCCACGAGCGCCCACAAGCACCACUCCACCAGCACAGGAGCAGAACUCUGGUGCUCGACUCCCCACCUCCAGCCGGCCUGAUGGCGUCUGCGGCAGGUGAUGCGACGAGGAGGAAGAUGGCGUGCGUCACCGGAGGGGACGGGUACAUCGCCUCGGCCCUAGUGAAGAUGCUGCUGCAGAAGGGAUACGCCGUCAAGACGACAGUCAGAAAGUCUGAUGACAUGGAGAAUCACCCCCAUCUCAAGGACUUGCAAGCGCCCGGUCCCUUGGAGGUCUUCCGCGCCGACCUGGAGGACGAGGGCAGCUUCGACAAGGCCGUGGCCGGCUGCGACUAUGCCUUCCUCGUCGCGGCUCCGAUGAACCUCAACGCAGAGAACCCGGAGAAAGAAGUGAUCGAGCUGGCCGUCAGCGGAACCCUUAACGUAAUGAGGUCGUGCGUGAGGGCGGGGACGGUGAAGCGUGUGAUCCUGACAUCGUCAGUGGCGGCUGUCGUUGGCCGGCCUCUACUACUAGCAGACAGCCAUGUCCUUGACGAGGAGUCCUGGAGCGACGUCGAGUACCUCAGAGUGACCAAUGCCGGCGACUGGGCCUACAAUGUCUCGAAGGUGCUUAUGGAAAAGGCGGCGUGGACUUUCGCGCAGGACAGCGGUAUCAGCCUUGUUACGGUGUGCCCCGUCGUCACGGUUGGCGAGGCGCCGGCGACGAUUGUCCACACCAGCGUCCCCCUCGGCCUUUCUUUGCUAACUGGCGACGACGAGAAGAUCCGCAGCCUAGAACUCAUCGAGAGUGAGUCUGGCUCAAUCCCGAUGGUCCAUGUCCACGACCUCUGCCGUGCAAAGAUCUUCGUAGCCGAAGAGGAGGGUGCGUCAGGAAGAUAUAUCUGCAGCUGCCCUGGCCUCGACCCCACCCUCACGGAGCUAGCCUCCUUCCUGGCCGCCAAGUACCCGCAGUACAACGUCAAUAGCGACAGGUUCGGUGGUCGCCCCGAGAAGCUGAGAGUCUGCAUUUCGUCGGCGAAGCUCGUCGGGGAAGGGUUCGAGUUCAGGUACAAGGCGUUGGACGAGAUAUACGACGACGUCGUCAACUACGGAAGGUCCUUGGGAAUCCUUCCGUACUAGCAGUAUAGCAUGCUUGAUGAGCCUCUAUGUAUUGGUUGGUUGGAUGUCUGGAACCGAAGUUAAAGUUCAAAUUUGCUUAUACUAGCAAACACUGCCCGUGCGUUGCUACACGUCGAUUUUAGUUUGUGUAUAUUCUUUUUUUUCAUAUACUGAAAUUAUCAAAUACAUAGUCCAAACAUUUGUACACGGAAGACAACAGUAAGAUGAACAUCGACGCAGCACUGAAAUGAUCAAGA